UUAAAAAUAACAGCAGGAGAAAUGAUGAAGAAACAAGUUUCAUUUAGUGUUUUCCAGUUUAUUAUUUUCCUUUUUCUUUUCAUUUGUGUAGGUAUUGUAGCUCAGACAUGCAAUCCCAGUGGCACCAUACAAGGCACAACGCCACCACCGGGGCAGUGUAACCAAGAGCUUGACGCCGAGUGUUGCGUAGAAGGCGAAGUUUACACGACAUACACGUGUUCACCGCCGGUUUCGGCCAAUACACCGGCAAUCCUAACCCUCAACAGCUUCCAAGAAGGGGGAGAUGGCGGCGGCGCAUCGAAAUGCGACGAUCAAUUUCACUCGGAUGAUGAACCCGUGGUGGCACUCUCAACGGGAUGGUUCGGCCAGAGCAGUCGUUGCAAUAAAUUUAUUAACAUCAAGGGGAAUGGAAACAGCGUGAGGGCUUUGGUGGUGGAUGAAUGCGACUCUCAAGUAGGGUGCGAUGAUGAGCAUGCUUAUCAGCCACCGUGCCGUAAUAACAUCGUUGAUGGCUCAAAAGCCGUGUGGACGGCUUUGGGAGUGCCGGAAAACGAGCAGGGUGAACUAGAUGUUACUUGGUCUGAUGCCUAAGUAAUCAAUCUCGCCAUAUUGGAUAAAUAUCCCCAUCAACUAUUACAAUAAAGCUUUCAUUAGAUUUUGGAAACAGUCCGGAAUAAAGGCAAAUACAUUUCUCUGUCAA